AUUUCUUUCUCCAGUGCAGCAUCUGCACAGGGCAGUGCAUUGAGUGGAGGCUUUAUCAGUGCUGAGCAGAGCAGAAAGUUUGCUUCAUGUGUCUCGCAGAGGAUGCCAGCUUCCAGCUGCCCCAGCAUGCCUUUUUCACAAGUGCACAACAGUUGUUGAGUCCUCUGUGGUUUAUGACCUGGCAUAACCCCAGAUCCUUUUCUGUAGAGCAGAUACCUAAUCACAAGUUGAUUACUAAUAGCCUGUAAUUUGCAGUUAAUAGCACCUAAAUGUAGUUGAGAGCUUGACCGUGCUGAACUGUGCCCAAUUUUCACUGAUUUUUGAAGAACUUGCUUAAAUCGAGUUCUAGUCCCCAAAGAACUCACCUCUACCAGCUUGCAUCACCUUCACAUUUAGAAGGGUUUUCUGUAUUUGCAAUCCAGAUUUCUAAUGAACAUGUCAUUAGCCCUCCCAUACCUACCUAGGCCUAUUACGAACAGACUCACUUUCUGCUUUCUCUGUGCCCUUAGGUUGUUUUCCACUCCUUUUGAGCCAGUCUUAUCCAGCCUUCCUAUGGAUCACAGCUCAGAGCUCUCUGCCCAAGAUUGGGAAGCUGGUCUUGUUCUGGUGCCAGUAAUUUCUCUAAAUACCACCGACAGACACAUGGCUGUAUGGCAGGAUGACUGGACAAGUACCUAUCACAUCUGUGCUUAAAAGACAGCAGUUGCAAAAGGAACCCGCAGGGAGACGACCCAGAAGACGUUUGAACAAACAGAGGAGGCUCUUCACACAACUUCAGAGACUCUGCAGCCAGCAUGAUGAGAGUUUGUCUGGUGCUCCUUUGGAUAAGAAUCGUAGUCCAGCCACGCACGCUUCAGUGUAAAGCAGUUCAGGUUUUCCCACCUGUUAACUUCACCCUUACAGUCUCUGCAUUAGCCCAAGUACUUCUAAGCUGGAAGCUAAGUCCUAAUCAGGAACAAAAAAACUACACUAUUAGAUACGAUGUGAAAAUCUUAACUCCUGUGUUUGAAGAGUAUGAUACAAUGAAGACUCACAGUCUCCAAACAGCUGUACUUCACAAUGGUUUCUCGGCACAUGUCCGCACGUUACUUUUCCAUCAGGGUCUUCAGAUGACGAGCGACUGGGUGACAGCAGAACUCCAGCCUCCACCGGGUGCUGAAAAUACAGCUGUCACUGAUCUGUCCUGUGUUACUCACUUCACCAUUUCUAGCACUGUUUCUCUCCAUUGCACUUGGCUUCCUGGUAAAGGGGCACCAGAAGAUACUGAGUACUUUCUAUUUUACAGGUAUGAGACCUACAUGGAAGAAUGCCAACAUUACAUCAAAGACAAGUGGAACAGGAAUACAGAGUGCAGGUUCUCAGUGACUCGUAUUGUUCCCGGUGAGAUUGAUGAGCUCAUUGUAAUACACAUUAAUGGCUCCAGCAAGUAUGCUGCAAUCAAGCCUUUCCAGCAGUUGUUUAACCAAAAUGCCAUUGAGAAGGUGAAUGUUCCCAGAAAUGUCACUGUAUUCUUAGAGCAAAAUGAUCUCGUGGCCACAUGGGAGAAACCACUUUCUACUUUCCCUAAAGGAUGUUUUGAAUACGAAUUUUACCUCACCAACUUGAAGUCAGGUAACAAGCAGGUAUCAAAAACAUAUUCACAUGACUUCAGAUUACGGAUUGAUGUUACCUGCAGAUACUCCAUACAGAUAAGAGCAAAUCAUUACAUGUGUGCUGUAAAUGGAUUCUGGAGUGACUGGAGUGAAAUCCUUUAUGUUGGAGAAAACAAACAGGAGAAUCUGAUAGUCUGGAGUCUUGCUGUGCUUUGUGUAUCCACAUGCUGUACGGUCACGCUUAUUGCUAUAGUAUGCAAAUCACAACACACGUGGAGCAAACUGUUUCCGCCCAUUCCAACGCCCAGGAUCAAGUUCAGAGAUCCCUUUCCAAAUCACUACGAGAGGGCAUGCAGCUGCCCCAGCGAGACGUGGCUGGAGCCAGGCCUGGCCGAGGGCCUCCCCAGCAGCACUCUGCACGACGACGUCUUCUGAGGCAGCCGCACGUGAAGAACUGCUCGGCUGUGGUUCCAGCACUGUUUGUUGGUUCAUUUAGAACAACUGCUGUGAGCGGUGUGGAAAGAGCACAGCGGUGCCAAUGGCGAGGCGACAGCCCCAACCCACAGACGGUGGUGCAAGAGGUUACAGCGUAAAGGGAAAAAAAAAAAUUAAAAAAGCAGCACUUUCCUGGCACGUUCUGAUGCCUUUCCUCAACCCAAUCUAUAGAACACAGCCUGGGAACACAGCCCUCAGUUAUGCAUAGCUAAGGAAGUUUGCCAAGGAGCUCCCUGUGGUUUUACCAAGGCUUUUUGAUACUAAAGGAGCUGGGCCCCUCCUCCAUCUGUAAUUCCAGCUGCCUUCAGGUGAGUUUGAACAUCCAAGCCCAAGAUUGCAGCUCAUUCUUCUUACCCAUCCAAGCAAGUUACCAGACCUGCCCCAAGCAAGCUCUGGUCUGCCCUCACCAGCUGCUCUGUUCUUUGCAUCCUGCCCAAAGAGCCUCCUGCCCACCCGGCUGCCCCAAGCACGUAAGCAUGGAAUAGGAAGACAAAAAAACAACAAAACACUGAGCAAUGAAGUUGUUUGGGAAGUGCCUAAACAUAAUGGAGCUCCCAGGUGCUAAAGACUAGAAAUAAUUAUAACAAAUGAGGCAGCUCUCAUCUGGGUGAAAUAGCAUGGCUCCAUCAAAAUUAAUGUAGCUCAUUAAUAUAACAAUGUUUGUGCCUCAAAUGUCUCUACUGCUUGUGAUUGGAAUGGAUUGGAGGUGCCCAGCUUUAACAGUCUGAAAAUCAGUAUUUCAUUAGCAAAAUCCUAAAAACGAGAUGAAAGAAUUCAUUUACUGUAAUGUAUUUCUUUUAUGUCACGGCUUCAAGUCCUCUAAUAAAUAAGAUUUGUAAAUAUAA